ACAGAAGAUAAGAAGUCAUGUAUGAGAAAAGCUAGGUCUGUACGUCGGCUGUGGGCAUUACGUUAAUGCAUGACUUCCAUACCUUGGUUAAUUUGUUGACUAUAACAAAGAAAAUGCGGAACACUUUAAGAGUGCCCUUAUGAUGGUGGCAGAUUUAGAAUAACUAGGGAAUGCCACAAAAAUCUGCCUGCCUUUUUACUCACUCUCUAUCUCUCCACCUCACUCUACCACCAUGUCUGUUAGAGAAUCAGGUGAUGGUGAUCAUCAAUCUCACCAAGAAAUGGUAGAGAUUAAAACGUUACUGAAAGUACUAGUUGAAUCUCAGUUAAAUACUCAAAACCAGAUAUUAGAUAUUUUAAAAAGCACUGGUAACUCAGGUAAUAAUUAUCAAAAGGAUGAUCAUAAUGCUUUCCGGAACCCAUCAUCAUCGAAAUGUCCUAAGCCUCAAGCUAGGAUGUUGUCACCAUCCAUAGAGUUUGAGGAGAUCACACGGGCGUUACCUGAGGAUGAUCGUAAUGUACAUUAUCAGCAGCGCCCAUUUGAACAUCGACUUGGUGAAUUCACAGGAAAUCAUACAACCAUGGAGCAGAACUUUAAAUAUAAAGGUGAGAACGGGAUGAGUAAAAAGUAUGUUUUGAAUGGAUACAAGCAGCUAUACUUUGCAGCAUAUAAUGGUGACUGGGAAAAGGCUAGUAAGUUUCUCGAGAAUAAUCCACAAGCAAUUUGGGAAGUGGUCACAGAAGAAGAUGAAACAGCGCUGCAUAUAGCCGCACACAGGAAUCACUUGGUGUUUAUAGAGCAGAUUGUGAGCCGCAUGCCACCUGUAGUACUGGAAUAUAAAACAAGAUAUACUAAUUUUACAGCACUUCACUUCGCUGUCAUGCAUGGAAACCUAAAAGCAGCUGAGGUGAUGUAUAAGAAGAACCAAAAGUUGACUCAGAUACAGGAUGGUGAUGGACUGGUACCCCUUGAAUAUGCUCUUGUGUGUGCUACAGGUGCACAAGAAGAGAUGGUUAAGUACCUUUACCCUAUAACUAAAGACGAUGACCCAAGUCCAUUCUCGGGUCACCGGGGUGCUAGCAUGCUUUGUGAUGCAAUCAGCGAAGGGUUUUACGCUCUGCAGAUGCAACGGCAGUUACAAUGGUUUAAGUGCGUGGAAAGUAUUCUGCGCAAGAAACAUAGGCUCAAGACGAACAUUGAUGGAGAUACAGCCCAACAUAUAUUUACUGAGGAACAUAAAGGUUUAGUGGAGAAAGGAGAGAAAUGGAUGAAGGACACUUCUGGAUCUUGCAUGGUAGUAGCUGCCCUCAUUGCUACGGUAACCUUUCAAGCUGCUUUUACCGUCCCCGGAGGUUAUAUUAGUGAUAUUAACAGCAGCAAAAAUGGCACCCCAGUUUUUCUGGAAACGACAUCAUUUACGGUUUUCGUGGUGGCAGAUGCCUUAGCUCUGUUCUCUUCCGUCACGUCAGUACUUAUGUUUUUCGCUACAUACACGUCACGAUAUGCAGAAGAAGAUUUCUACAAAUUCCUGCCACGAAAACUGAUUAUAGGUCUUGGAACGCUGUUCAUAUCCAUGGCUACCAUAUUGGUAGCUUUUAGUGCAUCACUGGUUAUGUUGCUUGGAGGUAGAUUUGCCUGGGCAUUGAUUCCUAUAUCACUGUUCAGCUGUGUUCCCGUGUUCUUGUUUGCAUUGUUGCAGUUACCGUUAUUUGUUGAAAUUGUUCGUUCUGCUUAUUGGGGUAGCCUCUUUUCAAAACAUAGAUACAUCCAUCGCAGAGGCAAUCAGUGUAAUGCUAACAGGAAAGGUAAAUGAGCUUAAAUCAGGUUGUUCUGGCUGCAAAAAAUUGGGAGGUGUAAUAAAUGGAGUUACGCCCUAGCUCAUUUGGUUGUACACUUUGGCAUAUUUUACUACACGGCAUUUAGUUUCUUGAUGAAAUUGCUCAUUUUAGAUUUCUUGAUAUUGUAUUUUACUCCUGAACAUUUGCAAUUUGCUGUAUCCCUGUUAAUGAAAUCCAAUUUGUUACAGUAGGUUUGUUAAUAUCAUGUAAA